CGUUCGAGAAUAACUGGUGGCGGCAAACGUCGUAAACAUCCGAAGGUUAAUGAGCUCAUAGGGCGAUACGAUGUAAGAAUCGAGGAAUAAAAGUUUUAAACAUGUCUCAGGAACCUAAGCCAGUCUUAGCAGAAAUCUGGCCGACAGAUAUUUCCGGAACUAAAUAUGGCAUAACUGUGGCAACAGUGUCAUCUUUAGUAUUUUAUUUGUUUAGUUUGAUUAGCGAGUUUGUCACGCCUAACAAAAUCGUAGAGAAGCAACGAUGGAGAUGGAAAAAUAUAUCUGUUUCUCUCAUUCACGCUAUAAUAAGUGGAAUAUGGUCCGUGUUAUGCUUUGCAGAAGAACCAAAAAUGAUGGAAGAUUUAAUACAAACAAGCACUGUUACAGGGCACACGCUUAUUUCAGCUUCUGUAGGAUACUUUUUAUAUGACAGCAUUGACAUGUUGAUAUAUCAAAGAACAAGACAGUCACUAGAACUCCUUCUACAUCAUGUAGUGAUCAUAUCAUGUUUUGGUCUAGCCAUACUGACAAAGCUUUAUGUGGGAUAUGCAGUGUUGGCACUUGUUGUGGAAUUAAACAGCAUAUUUCUUCACACCAGACAACUUCUGCAGUGCCUGGGUUUCUCUAGAACUAAUAGCUUUUACAGGCUUAAUAGCCUUAUUAAUUUAGGUACAUUCCUUGGAUUUAGAAUUCUAACAUUGGCCUGGAUGACCCGAUGGAUUGUGAUCAACAAAGAUUUGGUACCUCUUGUGUUCUAUUCUAUGGGCAGUUUAGGCCUUGCCAUUAUGACGGUGAUGAAUAUCAUACUGUUUUAUCGCCUUUUAAAUAGCGACUUUCUGAGGAAGAAAGAAUCAACUAGAAAAGAGGAAUAGGUCUAUAGCUAGUUCAUAUAUUCAAGGUUAUCAGACUACCUCAGUACAUUGAGAUGAGAACUGUAUCCAGAGAUUUGUUAGGAAAGAAAACUUUAUGGGUUUUCAGUGUCUUGAUAGAUUCAAGGAAAAAUCAGGGCAUGUAUGGAAUUUUAAUCAGAUGUGUUUAUUCAAUUUUUUUAUUCCAAUCCGUUGAUUUUAUUUAUGUUAUGAAGAAAUGAAAACUCCCAUUACAAUGGGGAUUUUACUCUUGGUGCUUGUCAGGCUAUAGGUCUACAUGGCUGUGCUUAUUGUUGUUAUCUAAGCAAGAUUUACAUGUUCACUAAUUACUGCCCAAAUCUAGUAAUUCAUUGUCUCACAUUGAAGUGAAAGUGAAAACGUUUAAAAUUUAGGACCUUUACAGAUCAGCCAUAGAAAAUGAUGGGGUAUGACAGAGAGUGAUGGCUUAGUUGUUAAGGUGACUGCCUCUCCACCUAAAGACUGUGGGUUCAAACCCUACUUAGGCCACUACCAUGUUGUCUCCAAUGAUGACAGUACUGAAAGUUUGAGAAUGGUAUAGCUAAAUUAAAAUAUUGUUAAACACAACAUAGUUUAUAAUUAAAUCAGCUGUUAUACACAUGAAAAUAUUAACAUAAUGUUUGUUAACAGCAGCUAGAAAUUAACUUAGUUACUCAAUUUUAGAUUUUAUAUUCUGUAAAAUAGGUAUUUUUAUGGGUAUCAGUGUAUAUAACUUUCUGUAAAUUUCUAAUAUUUUCAAAAAUAAAAAAUAAAUUUUGUAUUUUGUAUGAUGAGCAUACGAUAUUGCUUUGAACAAUCAGUCAGCUAUGUAAAAAAGUCAAUUUAUGUGUCAUAAUUAAAGGCCUAUAUUUAAAUAUAAAUGAUCAUUGAAUCUUCACACUACUUUUUGCUGCUAAACAUGAUAUGCUAAGAAUAGAAACAUUGAAAGUUAUUGCAAAUUAUAUUCAAGUGUAUUGGCUAUGGUGGCUGUUUCACAGAAUUUUAGUAUUAUGAACAACAUUAUAUGCUUUGAUAAGUAAGUGAUAAUUGAUGGAAAUAACAUUUAUUUCUUUAUCAGUUUGAAUGGGAUAUAAUACGUACUAAAGGGAAAAUUAAUACCUUCUCAUUAGCCCUUUUAUGCAUUUGAAAGGUAUGAAAUAUUAACUCACAUUCCACCAACUUCGGGUUACUUUUGUGUAUAAGCAUACAGAAUCACAAAACUACGACAGCAUGUACUAACAGCACCCAAACAAAAUAAUAUGAUAGCACACUUGCACACAAGAUCAUGACAUCCUCACAAAAAUUUCACAAUACCCACCAUGCCCAAACAAAAUAAUGACAUCCACACAAAAGUCUGACAAAACCCACCAUGCCCACACAAAAUAAUGACAUCCACACAAAAAUCUGACAAUACCCACUAUACCAACACAAAAUAAUGACAUUCACACUAAAAUCUGACAAUACCCACACUAAAUAAUGACAUUAACUCUAAAAUCUGACAAUACCUACACAAAAUAAUGACAUUCACACUAAAAUCUGACAAUACCCACACAAAAUAAUGACAUUCACACUAAAAUCUGUCAAUACCCACACAAAAUAAUGACAUUCACACUAAAAUCUGACAAUACCCAAACAAAAUAAUGACAUUUACACUAAAAUCUGACAAUACCCACACAAAGUAAUGACAUUCACUCUAAAAUCUGACAAUACCCACACAAAAUAAUGACAUUCACACUAAAAUCUGACAACAUCCACACACUACUAACAUCACCCACAUGAAGUUCUUAUAGUUCUGUAGAAUGUUUGUUUAUAUUUAAUGCCUGACAAACCCUACCGUUUGCAGCAAUUUUGUGCUUGAAACAAGAUAUAAAAUAAUUAAAAGUGAUGUCAUAUGCCAUGUGAUAUGAUCACUCUGUUACUGUGUAACAAAUAAAUACAGAAAAAAUGUGAAAAUAAAAUCAUAAGAACAAUUUUAAAUCAAGUUGUUAGUAAUAGAUUCAGUUAAAUAGAAAAAUAUAGUUCAUUGUUAUUGAAGUUUUAACAGUAGAAAUUUGUUACAGGAAAUUCAUGUAAUUGAUAUAAAUGAAAUGGCAUAAUUGCUUAUAUUGUAUUGAUUUUCCAUAGGACAAACAAUAAUUUGUGGUAUUGUACAUGAUUAUAUAUAAUUAAACAUUUUAUGAUGUUUGUAGGCAGUUGAAAGUUAAUUCUCACAAAUUAAUGGUUGUUUUUUAUUUUAUGUAGCAUCAUGGUUACAUACAUGUUAUGUUUUCUAUUCUAAUGAACAUUGUAUAAUAUUGAACAAUUUUUUUACUGCAUACAUGCAGUGUAUGAUGAAUUCCUUAUUAAUAUUUUGAUAUAAUAUUUUUGACUUUUGUGAUUUGAUAUGAGUUUUCUUUUCUGUUUCCUUUCUUUGUGGUUAUUUAUUUGGUAUGAUUUGUAGUUGUGAAAUCAAAAUUCCAUUUAUUAUGUUUGUUUUAUAUGAAAGUUUGUACUAUAGAGUUAUGUGAUGUAUAAGGUAUUUGCUGUUUUUGUCUGAUUUAAACUAUGGUACAAUGUAUCACAGUCAUUAUUUGUUGUAUAAGAUUUAUACACAAUAUACACGUUAUGUAUGUCUCGCCUUAUUCAUGAUCAUUUGGCAAAGACAUCAAUCAAAACUUUAUCUUCAAACUUAUUUAUGGCAUUGAUAUUCUCUUUACAUUUCUUAGCCCGUUUCAUUGCUUAUAUCCAUAAAUAGAUUUGUUCUGUUUUUGCAUUUUAAAGUGAUUAUUACUGAUUUCAGGGGUUAAUUUAUGUAAAAGGUUGAAGUACAUUUUUUGACAGUAUAAUUUGGUUUCUUCUAAGAUGGUUAUAAUGUUAACUGGUCUUGUUCAUUUGGUGCUAAAAUCUGCCUUUAUUGUUGCCAGCUCUUCAUUGACUAUUAUUACUAUGGCUGAAGGUAAAAUAAUAAUUCUAGGUUUGUUGAUAUAAACUUAUUUGAGCCGCAUCACAACAAAACCAACAUAAUGGGUUUGAAACAGCAUGGAUCCAGACCAGCCUGCGCAUCCGUGCAGUCUGAUAAGGAUCCAUGCUGUUUGGUAUCAGUUUCUCUACUUGUUAUAGAGUUGGUAAGCGAACAGUAUGGAUCCUGAUCAGACUGCGCGGAUGCGCAGGCUGGUCUGGAUCCAUGCUAGUCGCAAACCCAUUAUGUUGGUUUUGUCAUGACGCGCUCAUUUGUAGUCACCCAGUGAAACCCAUGCUGGUGACUCUCUCCUGAAUAAAGCUUGUAAUUUUGAGGACAAGUGAUUGUAUAUGUAAAGUAACAGUACUAUAAACCUCAGUUUAAAGUUUUAUUAGUACUUUCAGUUGGAACAUUGGGGAAUUAAACCUGCCAAACCCUGGAUUUUUAAUCAUGUAAUGUGGAGUGCACUGAAAAAAGAACUGAGGAAAGAAAAAAAUAACCAUUUCUGCUUGGUUGCCAUAUUUAUAAUGAAAAGAAUUAAGUGAUCAAUUUUUCUGGAAGGAGACCCAGAAUUUAUUUACAAUCUAUUUUACAGUAUGGUAAGACAAAUCUUACCAUAAUUUUAUUAAGAAAAAAAUACUUAAUCAGUGAGGCAUUAUUUUAAGUGCAAUAAAAUUUAGCUAUAUUUAUUUACAAAUGUUAGUUUUAUGAUUUACACAUUAUAAAAUGAUUAUAAUUGUAAAAAAUAUGAAAUAAUCCAAAAAUAGCCUCUCCCCCACCCUACCCCUCACAUUUUUAAAACAAUUUUCCCAACAGCAGCCCAAAAAUCAAAUUGUUUCAACUUUUGAGAACCUUAAUUGGUUUGAUGUGUUUGUUCAAAAGAAGUAUCAGGUUGUAUGAUCAUAAUUAUACAUGUUAAAAAAACCUAAUUAUUCUUUUCAAUUUUGGUAUUUUAUUUAUUAAAAUUUUAUUUUUUAUGACUUUUAUUAAUCAAAAACUUCUAGCAUUUCUUAGAGAAAUCUUCUUCCUUUACACACAAAUAGCAUCCCUGAUUCUGUACCACAUGACCAUCCAUAAUAUUUCCUGUAUUGUACCCGGAGACUGAUGUGUAUUUGAUGUUCAUGAGACAUUUUUUUAAGAAAUUAACUACAAAAGAAUACAUAAUAUUAGGAUUCUUAUUCACAUUCAGGCUUUAGUUAAUAUAAUUUGGAUAUAAUUUGGAUAUAAGAAACAUAGUUUGUGUACAAUAUGGGAUAUAUUUGGACUAGUUACAAAGCUGGAGAAAUCAUAACUGACUUGUCAAUCUAUCAUUUCUCUUGCUGUGCAUUCAUCAAAGCAAAAUUUAGUUAUUCAGCUUGAUGUUAUAAGCGUGUCAAAAUUCAGCAAUAUUCAAUUUUCCCAGAACUUCCAUUGCAUAAAUCUUGCAAAUUGUUGUUUUAACUUCAUUUAUUUUCAGAAUUUUAGUGUAUAGGUUGAAAUUAAGUACCAAAUUAAAUUUAUUGAUGGAAAUGAUAAUGAAUAUCAGUAAUUAUAAACAGAAAAUUGUGACAGUGUAAUUUUACAAUGUAGUUAUACUGAUCACGAUAGAUAAACUAUCAGAUAAAUGUACCUCUAUCAGUCACCAAAAGUUUAUCAGACACUUGGUAAUUAAAAUUAAGAUAUAAAGAUUAGAAGAGAGAUAUUGUGCUCCUUCAAAGUCAAACAAAUAUCAUACUGAUAAAUUUUGAUUUGGAAAAUUUCAUUAAUUUUACUCAUUUUAGGCCAAAAUUGUUUGGGAAUUUUCCUUUUUCUAUUAAUAAAUUUUGUUUUGUUUAUAAACAUAUUAUUGCUUAGCUAAGAGAAUAGCACAAAGUUAGUUUUUAAAAAAAAAAAGCCAGUUUCAUCUCGCUUGAUCACUCUCAUUUGCUGUGGUUUUUAGUCGGUAGUUACUUUCACAGCGAUAAAAUUAUUGCCUUAAAUUCGUUAAAGGCUAUGAUUUAAGAAAUAAUUAGACCCUGACAAAUAAAAGGAGAGAACAUUAACAUGAGUAAAAAGACUAUGACUCUAUAAAACUGUUAAUGUUUGAUCUACUCUGUCAAACAACAAGGAAGCCUUAAUUUGAACAUUUAUAAUUGUCUAGUUCCCAUUAAUGCCAUCAGCAGCAUUUAGUUAACAACCAGUAAUUUAAACCAUACAUCUAUCUGUAUAAACACCAUGCACACCUAGCAGGUAAUAGCAGAGAAUUUCUAUGAAAAAAUGAUAAUCAACUUGGUAGGUGAGAUCAUGUUUAUGUUAAAAAAAUACAUAUUUAGGGUAAAUGGGUGAAGUCAAGCUUUGACCGUUAUUAUAGGUAAAAGUGAAAAUCAAUAGAGUAAUCUGACCACUAUUUGCUAUAUUCUCUUCAUAUAGGGUGCACAAAAAUGGUAAAUUACCUGGGAAAUGAUGAAAAAGCCAGUAAUAUAGGGACAGAAGGAUAAAGAUUAUUCAUAUAAAAAUCUAAGAUCAGAAAAUUUAGUAAAAUUUAUUUAAUCGUAAUUUUUGUAAACAAUGUAUUGGGAAAUCAACAUUAAAUACUGAUAAAAAGACUAUUAACUAAUUGUACUUUUGCACUUAAAAAUACUUGUUGUUGGCAUUGUUUAUAAUCAUUUAAGUAAUGUUUUAAAAAAAAAAACAUUUUUUUUGCAAAUUUUCUGAGUGACAUAGACUUGAUAGUAUAUAUUUGUAGUAAGGUGAGUGUAAACAUGUUGUUGUUUUUGUGAUCUAUAUAUUAAUGUGCCUUUAUUGUUUAUACACACAUGUUAAAAAUGCAACCAAUAAUUGUAACAGUUAUGCAAGAUUAAGAUGAUGAAACAAAAUGUAGAAGCUUGUCUUUGACUGUCAGUUUCAAAUUUGAAUAUUUACAAAAUUGAUAUAUUUAUACAUGUAAGAAAUGGUUGGAACUUAAUGUAUAUUUACAAUGAUAUAUGACAGGACUGGCUUGUUUUAUAACUAACAUAGGGACAUAGUUGUAACAUACUGGUUUCACAGUUAGGGCUUGUGUGUAUGGGGGUACGGUUAGAAUAACUUUAGAAAUAUGUGUUAUUUAUGCUGCAUUACCAAAUUCUUGCCAAAGAAUUUUCAAAUAUAACAUCUGCCAAAAAAAAUGUAUCUGUAAUGAGAUUUUUUGCAGUGUGUAGAAAUUUAAAGAAUAUUUAGUUUUGAAAGUGUUAUAAUAAAAUUAUCGUAAUUCAGUGUUGUUAAACAUUCCAAUCCAAUAUGUAUUACCUCUAGUGAUUGAUAUUUCCUACAUUUUUAUUGUACAUUAUACAAGUUGUAUUUUGUUUGAUGAUAUUAUUGAUUUUACUAAGUCACUUAUAACUGGUUGAUUCAAUAAGAUUUUGUGCUGUUUUAGGAAGAUAGUCAUACAAAGGGAAGCAAUUUUAAGAGUUAUUGGGGUGGGAAUAAUUAUGAGUUAUUUCCCUUCAUUUAUAGUACACCUACAUAUAUAACAAUAAGACAGGGUUAUAUGGAUGUAGAUAGGUAUGCUGCCUAUUAUUUUGUAUUGACUAUUAUGCUUACUGUAUACACUUACAAGUGAUAUUUUUUUGUCUCAUUAGUAAUGAAAUAUUUUAUAACAAAAUAGUGAAGUCAAUACUGUUACCAAAUAUGUAAUAACUGUUUUACAUGUAUCUGCUAUAAGGAAAUCAAAAUCAAUGUAAACAAAAUCUGCUUUGUAAAGGUAGUAUUUUAUUCAGCACUUCUGAAGGUAUGCAGGGCAGAGCUGACCAUUCCUGGGCAUGCUUAAAGCAUCACUUUUUAUGCAGUUUAACUAAACUAAAAUAUAUUUGACCUAAACAUAAAAUGACUUAAUUUGCACCAUAUUUUAUUGGAAGUACUACUUUUCAUGAAAUAAUAUACAACAUAGCAAUUCAAAGAUCUUCUUUCAUCUGUUAAAUCACCAUUAUUUGUCACCUUAGUGCAGUUACAGAUUAAGUUCUUCUAAAUUGUAAUACGAGUUAGUCAGUUAUUGAGUUAGUCAGUUAUUGUGCUAAGGUGACAAUAUGACCUCUACAAUGCCUGCAGUACAUUAAAUGUAGGGAACAAAAAAAAGAUUUAAUUAAAUAUGUCAUUGUUCACUGGUUGUUGUGUCAAACGUUUUAACUGAAUGAUUACCUACCUAUCUGAAGUUUUACCUUAUAUAUGCUAUUAAUUGUGCUGUAUAUCUUUGUGUAUAUUCUAGCCUUUUCAGCUCACCUGAGCAAAUAGUGUUCAUGCAAGCUUUGAUUAUGACUAUGUCUAGAAUGAAAUAUUAGGUGAGCGAGUUAUGACCAUCAUUGUCCUCUUGUUAUAUUUUUUUAUUGUAUGAUUUGCUUGUUCUGUCCCUUAAACCUCAGGUUUAUAUAUUGUAUAACUUUUCAAUAUGAAAAUCAAAAUUAAUUUACAUGUAUAUUUAAUGUGUUAGUAAUUUUUUAAAUUAAAGAUUUUUGAUAGAUUAAAAUACAAGAUUUCAUUUUGUUUCUUUUCUUUUUUUUAUUAAACUAGGGUAAGGUUGCACAAUUUGGAUAUGUUUGAUAUAAAUCAGUUAAGAUAUAGCUGUAAUUUGAUUUUUGUUAAAACCAAGGUAAAAUACUUGUUCAAAUGUGUUUUCUUGGCAUAAGGGGAUAAGUAAUUUGUGUUUAAAAGAUAAUUGUAUACAAGUGGACUUAAAAUGCCUUUUAUAAUGAAGUCAGAUGUGCAGUUAAGUAGUAAUAAGUACAUUUUUUAUUGGGAUAAGGUAUUGGAAUAUAAAAUGUUCUUUAUGUUUAAGAUAUUUGAAUAAGGGGUACCUGUUAUUUCAAUGCAUAAUUUUGUUACAACUCUACUUACUGAAAUACUUUGUUAGUGCAGGGGUAUGCACCCAAAAGAAAUUCUUUUGGUGUGGAUUGUCAGAUGUGUAUUACAUUAUGUAUUUAGUACAAUAAGUAUUAGGUGAUCAUUAAAAUGGCUGGUAGACAAAUAAAUUAUUUUAUGUUAUCACUUUCCAUGGAAGUAGUGCAGCGUACAGAGCCUACAGGAAGUUAUGCCAUUGAAGACUAAAGUUCUAUGUUUAUAUAAAUGGUAGGAUAAGGGAAUGCGGUAUUCAAAUGAUGUACGUUUUAUAUUGAUAACAAUUAUUGAAAUUUUAAAUGUUAAUUAUGAUAUGAUAAUAAUUACUUAUUUUUUUGUUGGAAGACGUUCAUUCGUUGAUUUUCUGUCUCCCUCAGUGUUUCACCGUGUCCAGACAAACAAUUGUUUGUUUAUUAAGAUGUUUGCUAGUUUUAUUGAGAUAAUGUAAAAUGUUGUAGCAGUGUCAGUUGAUUUGUAUUUCAAUACCUCAGCUUAUUCGAUGCUAGUUGUUUCAUUUUAUGUCUUGCUUAGUUGCUGGCAUUUUUAUGUAUUAUAUAUAGAUAUAUAAUUUAUAUUUUUAUCUGUACAUUUCUAGUUGUUUACAAUUAAAGUAAGAUGUUAAUGUGUA